CAGCUGAUUAAUAUUCCAAAUUCUCGACGCAAAAAAAAUGUUUAAAUGAUUCCUCUAUUAUAUGUCCAUUGUACAUAUCAAAUGGGACGUUAGCUUUGUAGGUAUUACAUUUAAAACGAGUUGACGUGAGGCUUCAUGAACUGAUAGGAAAUACACCAUCAAAGUUAUAGUCCGGAAUAAUAAAAACAACGUGUGGAUCAGUUUUGGGAUAUCAUUACUUUAUCCGUGGUGGAUUUUUUUUUUAAAUUCUGGAAGUUUUAACAGUUGUUUAAUUGUUACUUUGUAUCAAUCUAUGGUGGAGUCUGUUGGGGAGGGAAAAAAACCGGUGUCAUUUUCUUUUUGUUCCUACAGAAGAACACACACGGGCCCAAAUUAAACGCUGGACAAAAAUUCUGGGCAAUGGACCGAGCGUUAAGGGGGCAAACGUCUCUUUAAUAAUGUGUUGGGGAUUAUCUCAAAAACACAAUGGCUGACAAAGAUUGUUCUUUGAUAAUGGUUGAUGACUGUAUUAAAAUGCAAAACCAUAUGUAAAGAGCGGUGCCAGUCGACGAGGCAUGGGUAUAGGAUUUAAUUACCGAAUGCCCAAUCUGUGAAUAAUGUGACAAUUAAACAAAUAAGUAAACCAGAUCUCCCGAUCUUGUUUUAGAUCAACCCGUAAAGUUGGAGUUAUUCGUUUUGGAAUUAGUGAUACCGUCCUGCUAUUUAACGUCAGAUUGUUAAAGACCUUGACGAGAAGAUCAAAAGCAAAAACCCAGAUUUCCUAUAUUUUAUAUUUUGCUUCUCUUCAAAUUUGUGGUAUUGUCCGAAAAUAUGUCAAAAACAGUGGAAAACCAGCAAACGAAAGAAUUGUCGGACGACGACGAUGAUGAAACUAACGAUGAAACAGAUGAAGAAGGCGAUAUUCACGACAAUCCGGAAGACAUCAUCACAUUAAACAUAGGCGGUGUUCGACAUGAAACCAGGAUUCAGACAUUGAGAAAGUUAACGCGAAAAACAACGAGAUUGUCGGAAGUGGCGGACAUUGCCGAAAAAACGGGUAAAAGGGAGUUUUAUUUUGAUCGUCAGCCGGACUUUUUCCCUUACAUUCUCAAUUUUUACCGCCAGGGUAAGCUUCACUUGCCCCUGAAUCUCUGCGGCAUGAUCUUGAGAGAUGAACUUAAGUACUGGAUGAUAGACGAUAAAGAUAUCGAGCAAUGUUGUUGGGUGCAUUACAUAAAGUACGAGGAAACUCACGAAAUGUUGGACAUGUUCGAUCGAGACGAAAAGCACAACCGUCUGGCCACCAAACGAAUCAAGGCGGACGCGUCUCGAUUCGAACGAAUUCGACCGAAACUUUGGAGAUUCUUGCAGGACCCUUACUCCUCACGAGGGGCUACGGUGUACGCCGUCAUCUCGCUCCUGGUUGUCAUUCUGUCCAUUUCCGUAUUGAUGAUUGAAACGCUUCCAUACUUUGGCUCCAUCUAUGCACAUUCAAAAUCAGACCGCCGGAAUUUCACUAGUGAAGAGCUGAAGGAUGAAAUCAACAUCUUCAGUAAAACCACGCCCCUUUCGAUUUUACUCAUCGUUGACAACAUGUGUAACAUUUUCUUCUUGUGUGAGCUGGUGAUUAAGUUCAUCGCAGCUCCAUACAAAAGGCGCUUCCUCAUUACCCCGUUUACGUUGAUCGAGUUUUGUUGUUUGAUUCCUUACUAUGUUGCCGUGACUGCUGUCUUUACCCAUCCGAACCCGAUCGAAAUCUUCGAUCUCGUUCGAUUGCUGAUUGCUUUACGCGUAUUGCGAAUAUUUCGAAUAUUUAUUCUUAUGAAGCAUUUUAUGGCACUGAAAGUACUGAUGUACACAAUGAAAGCAAGUACAAAUGAACUGUUUUUGCUCCUGCUUGUUGUAAUCCUUGGGGUGGUCAUAUUUGCGUGCUUAGUGUAUUACAUGGAAAUUUUCUCUGACGAAAAGUCUGAUUUUGAACACAUUCCACUCGCCUUUUGGUGGGCUCUUAUCACCAUGACAACCGUCGGGUACGGUGACAUGACCCCGAGUACGGGUCUUGGAUACACCGUCGGUUCUAUGUGUGCCAUCAGUGGUGUCCUAGUCAUUGCUCUUUCGGUUCCCGCCAUUGUUCAAAACUUUACAUUGUACUACACGCAUGCGCAAUCGCGUUCUAAAUUAAAGCAACGGAAACGGAAAUACCGCCAAGCAAGGUGGACAAAAAUAACGGAACUGCUAAAAAUGGGCAAAUCGGAAAAGCCAUCUCUGCUAAAUAUCGUAAAACUUGCACAAAAUAGCAAAAUGAGACGAAAAUCAACAUUUGUUCCAUCCUCAUCUCCAAACGGACACGUCGGUUCGUCCCGAAGUAAGAGAGCUCAUAGUGUCGCAGAGAAACUCUCUAAGAGAGACUUCUCCAAAUUACUGCAAAAACACAAUUUAGAGUUACGCAGUAAUGGUGUGUCCGACGUUGAAAAAACUCCAGAUGAAGAGAAAGAGAAGAAGUCCAAGUUUAAACUACCGGACCUGAAGAUAAAACAUAAUAAAGUUUCGAUGGAGAUGGAGGACAUUCAGAAUUCUACGAAUGAAAGUCUGGAUGUUAAAAGUGAAGAACGUAGAUAUAGUGGCAUAAGCAGAUCUAGUUUUGGCGAUCCUAUGUCGCCCAAAAGUGUAAAAUGGGAUAUACCAGAUGAUGAAAUAAAUAUUCCUGACAAUUCCCAAGAAACCAUAUUAGUUGACGAAGUAGACUCAAGGAAACUUUCUGCUGGUCCGACCAAUCUGCUUCCGACGCUUCAAGAAGGAGCGGAAGCAGAUGUGUCCAAUUCUGAGGAGGAAGAGGAAGUGACGUCAAAAUCGGUAAUAAGAGAAAAUACGCGGCAUUGUCAUUCCGAUUCAGAAUCGGAGAGUGAUUAUGAUCUAGGAAGGGAGAAAGAAAGACGUGAAAGCAACGGCACUGAAAAACGGAAAAAAGGGCACAAAAUUUCUGAGUCGGAAUAUGAAAGUUCGUCAGGAAAGGAUGAUGAUUUGUUAGAUGAAGCUUACAGGGAAAUGAAAUAUGUCCAAAGUCUGGACAAAGGGCAAAUGUCAGGAAUCAAAAAACGGUCCAAUUCCAUAACCUAACUGUUAUUUUGCUGUUUACUUAUCUAUAACUGACAAUACUCGUGUUUUGAGGCUGCGGCAGCGUAUAUGCAUAUGCAGUAUUUGUAUGUAUGCACUUUUGUUAAUCAUAAUGGUCAGACAGUGAGAAACUGUUGGUUUUUUUUAAUUUUUAAAUUUUGUAUGACGUGUAGCUGCAAUGAUAUAGAGCCUCAGUCUGCUAAUCGAAACAGUUUUCGGUUCAUCAGUAACCUAAGGUAAAUCUGGCAUUUCAUAUACUUUCUAACAGUAGUCCAACUCAGUGAAAUCAACGAACUAUUUCCGUUUUCAGUGAUUUUUAUGAUUUUCAUUCAACUAAUGAAAAAAUCGAAUCAAAGGUUUUUUUUUUGUACGGGUUGGAUUAAAGGAUAUUACUGAUAUGUCAUGAUACGAUUACCGGUGAUAGCGGUUGAACAUGAUAUUUUCUACACCAGGGAACCUGUCAAAAUAAAGUAAUUAUGGACUUGCAACGAUGAAAACUACGAAUGUAUUUAUAAACCACAGGCACUUAAAGAUAAUAAUAUUUUCUAAAUGGAUAAUUUUCUCUACUUUAAUGAUAUUGGUAUAUGACUAUUAUAGUACUCUCAGGAAUUUGUUUACCUAUUAAAAAGUAUGAAAUUCCUAAUUCAUUAAAAAGAAAUGUUUUAGCGACAGACAAGUGGCUACGUUAAAAGUGCAUCACCUGAGUUGUUUUUGGCUUUUAGCUUAACUGAGUUGAAAGCUCAAGCGAGCUGUCCUGAUCACUUUUAUCCGGUGUCUGUCUGUCCGUAGACUUUUUUUAUACACUUCCGACUUCUACCCCAGAACCACUCGACCGAAUUCAACCAAACUUGCACAAAACAUCACUGGGGAAUGCAGUUCGAGUUUGUGAAAAUGAUUAGCCACGUCCUCUUGUAUUAAAAAUUUGUUUGUAUUUUUCAAAGUUUUUCUCAAAAAAAACCCCAACCAUUUGGUCAGAAAAGCAAAAACUUUUGCGGAAGCAUCCUUAGAUACUAGUAGUGUAGACUCAAGUUUGUCAAAAUCACAUUUUCUCGGAAGGAGGGGAGGGGUGGGGCUUUUAAAAUAUUCUGCUAAAAGCUAAUUAACCAUACAGGAGAGCUUUCGCUCUAUUGAAAGUAACUUCGAAUAACGUAGAUUCAAGUUUGUCAAAAUCGUGAAUUUCGGGGGUAGGGUGGGGCCAUUGGGAAGAGUGUCCAAUUUUACAAAGGAAAUUAAAAAAAAUGUUUUACAAAAAUAAAACGGUAUGAUAUAUAGUAUAUAUUAUAAUAGCAUCUUGACAUAUAUUGAUGAUUCUUAAUCGUUUAGACAGUUGUUCCUGGGCAAUUAUUGGGCCCACGAAGGGGUUCGAAGUUUGAUUUAGGUUUUAUAUUUAAAAUUUCUUGAGAACUGCGAUGCUCAGUAUAUAAUAUUA